UGCUGCAGAAACAUCUGCAGGAACAAAGAGAGAAGAGAGAAACUGGAACCCAAGUCAGUCAGUCCGUCAGUCGGUCAGUCUGUUGGUCAGUAAGUCAGUCAGACCAUCAGUCAGUAAGUCAGCAAGUUGUUUGGUCGGUCAGAAAGACAGACAAUCAGUCAUUCAGUUGGUCAGUCAGUCAGUCAGUCAGUCAGCUCACUGAUGGAGCCCUCAUCUGGUUGCAGCAGAAGGGUCUCCAGAGGCGUGGAUCCAAGGCCAGACCAGGAGGCCUGGGAACAGGGCAGCAAAAUGAGCUGCAGAGUGGAGCAGGAAGACGGGAACCAAAAUCCUUGUUGGAAAGAGAACAAAGAGCCAAGAGAAGCUCUUCAGAACGCCAGGAAAAAAAAGAACCGGCAUACAGACUGCAGGUUAAACCAGACCCUGAGCCAGUCUGGUUCAGAUCAUCAGAACCAAACUCUGAUGCUGUCUCACUUAUGUAGGUUUCUAAGGAACAGGACCAGAACCGGGUAUACUGGAUUCAUGUUUGGACAUGAGGUCCCUCCCUGCAGACCAGAGAUUAGAACAGCACUGAUCAGGACGACCAGGAUCCAGAACCCCAUGCAUACUUUGAACCAGAAUUCGGCCGUUGCUGUGAUCCCUAGAAACCAGGCUGAUCCCACAUCCACUGAGACACACGUGGACCAGAACAAAGAGGCUCAAACCAGCUCUAAGUUGCUAGACACCGGAACCACAUGGAGUUCUGAUCAAGGAGCAGCGGUGCAGCAGGUGACCAGAUCCAGGUCAAAGACCAAGACCGAAACGAGACCAAAGUCCAGGAGGAGGAAGGUCCAACAGUUUGUGUUUAGCAGCAGGGGUCAGCUGAGGCUGUCAAUCACACCGGAGGCAGGACAACUCACCAUUUACAUCCACGAGGCCCGAGGGCUGAUGGGAAAAUCCUGCAGGUCAUGUGACUCGUAUGUAAAGCUCGGUGUGACCUCUGACCUCUGCCGCAGCAUCAGGAUGAAAACAGGAACGGUCCAGAACAAUAAAAACCCAACUUACCAGCAGAACUUUUCUCUGAGCGUGUCAGAGCCCCUCCUCCAGGGCAGGUUGGUGAUCUCGGUGCACAGAUGUCUACCCGACUCCAGGUGCAGCCAGCUGAUUGGUUGUAUGAGUUUUGGAAUUGGAUCCCUCAUCAGAUCUUCUCAGCUAAUCACUGGUUGGUUCUACCUGCUGAGGGAAGAGAUUGGACAGAGCAAACACAUGAGGGUGACAUCACAGAGAAACAGACCAAAGAAAAGCCACCUGGUAAAGCUGGAGCAGCAGGGGCUGGAGCCUAGAGGUAAGUCCAUGUUGAGACUGCUCUGUGGUUGGCUGUUCCUCAUGAUGUGACCUUACUAACAGCUGAUGGGUUGAGACUUGAGCCAAUGAACUGACUUGAUGUUCAUUGGUGCAGUAGAUGAUCCAGAGCCAAGAGGAUAAAACUGCUCCGCUUCCUCUAGACUGAAAAGUUUGUUUCAAGGUCUGGGUCUGCCAUGGAAUCGAGCUCCUCCAAGACUGAUAUGCCAUGUUUACACCUUAUCAGUUUAGCUAGCCAGUCUAACUUUUUCAUAUUAAAGGUCAAUAUUUCAUGGCUAUGGCUGUGUAUAGCUCCCGGCAACCUGAAAUUAUUUCAAAAAAAGUAUGUCGCCUAGCAUCCACAAACUAUAUCAAUCCAUUAAAUCAGUAUUUGACCGCCAGCGCCUUCUGGAGUUACGGUCAAGUGUUUUCAAAUUCAUAAAUACAACUACUCU